CCAGCGGCAUGGACGACGACCAAUUCCGCGAAGCUGGCCAUCAGCUGCUGGAUUUUGCGUUGUCGUAUUUCAACGGUCUGAGAAACCGACCCGUGCUUCCCGACGUGGCACCCGGCUACCUGGCAGCCCUGGUGCCACCGGAGGCACCCCAGGAGCCCGACAAGUGGGAGGACAUCUUCAAGGACAUUGAAAGGGUCAUCCUGCCCGGGAUGACUCACUGGCACUCACCUCAUUUCCAUGCGUAUUUCCCGACAGGACAGAGCCCUCCUUCGCUGUUAGCGGACAUGCUCAGCUCAACAUUCGCUAUAGUCGGCUUUACUUGGAUUGCGAGCCCAGCAAACACCGAACUGGAAAUGGUGGUCAUGGACUGGCUGGGAAAAGCAAUAGACCUCCCGAAGCAUUUCCUUUUCUCCACGCCUGGCAUCAACGGUGGCGGCGUCAUUCAAAGCACGGCUAGCGAGUGUACCCUGACAGCGGUUCUCGCCGCCAAAACCAAGGUCACCACAUUCCUGCUGCAACAGAAUCCGUCGCUGACGCCCUCACAAGUGUGGGACAAGCUGGUCGUGUACGCCUCAUGUCAGGCCCACUCUUCGGUAGAGAGAGCUGCCUUGCUGGCCAGUGUUCGCUUCCACGUGCUCAACACGGACGACAAGUUGGCAGUGCGCGGCCACACGCUGCGCGCCGUUGUGCAGGAGGACCGCAACCUGGGAUUCAUCCCCAUGACGAUGGUUGCUACCUUGGGGACAACCAACUCAUGCGCGUUCGACAACCUCGAAGAGAUAGGAGUUGUCUGUGAAGAAGAAGGCCUAUGGCUUCAUGUGGACGCAGCGUAUGCGGGAUCGUCGUUCAUAUGUCCAGAGUUUCGACACUACAUGAAGGGAAUUCAGCACGUGUCAUCAUUCAGUAUGAACCCGCACAAGUGGCUCUUGGUUAACGUGGACUGUUCCGCAAUGUGGUUCAGAAAAAGAACCGACAUCGAAGAAGCGUUCAAGGUGAACCCGCUGUAUCUCAAGCACGACAACGAGGGCGGUAAAGUUCCCGAUUACAGGCACUGGACCAUACCUCUGGGCAGACGAUUCCGCUCGCUAAAGCUUUGGUUUGUGUUCAGAUGCUAUGGCGUUUCCGGCCUGCAGGCACACAUCCGUCGCCAAAUUGACCUCGCCAAAGAAUUCGAACAGCUGGUGAAAGAACACGAGCACUUUGAAGUCGUCGUUCCAGUGACAAUGGCCCUAGUGUGCUUCAGGUACAAGGGUUCCAAUGCCGACAAUGAAGAUUUGCUGCAGAUACUUCACAAGCGCAGGACUAUUUACCUGACUCCAACAAAGCUUAGAGGAGUGUUUGUUCUCAGAUUUGCUAUCUGCAGUCGACUGACUGAAAAUGAGGAUGUUCACUAUGCGUGGCAUGAGAUAUGUGCUGCCCUAGAGACCCUUAAAGAACAACGAGGAGGAAUGUUAAAACAUGAAGAUGUAGUGUUCAGCACACCUCAGGGAUAUGUCAAAAGGAUGCCUCUUCAGGGAGAAGCUAACCAAAAUAGGGGAGGCAACAGAGCAUGUGCCAACAGACUCCUUGAAAAAUACAACCAAAUUAAAGAGUGGCUAUUCCGCAACUAG